AUGAAGGUAAUCGGAUUGAUCACUGGUGGCAAGGACAGCCUUUAUAAUUUGUGGAUGUGUGCCGAAAGUGGUCAUCAGUUGGUAGCUGUUGCUAACUUGAAACCGCCUGCAGGCGUCGAUGAACUGGACAGUUACAUGUUUCAGUCGGUGGGGUGUGAUGGAGUGGCCUACGUCGCCAAAGCAGUUGGCCUGCCGCUGUUUCAAGGCAUUAUAAAAAGAAAAUCAGUAGCUCUGGACCAGGACUAUCGUCCUAUUCCGGAAGACGAGGUCGAAGAUCUGUUCGACCUUUUAUCGAAAGUGAAACUGGAAGUCGGAGCGACAGCGGUGUCCGUCGGGGCUAUACUUUCGAAGUACCAGAAGAAUCGUGUAGAAAGCGUGUGUGCCCGUCUAAAUUUGCACUGCUUGUCGUACCUGUGGCAGCGGGACCAACAGGAGUUGCUCAAAAAAAUGAUCGACAAUAGUUUCGAGAUGAUCUUCAUUAAAGUUGCAGCGCUUGGCCUGACUCCUGUGAGGCACCUAGGAAAACCGGUGAAGAAAUUUUUUAUGGAAUUGAUUAAGCUGAACGAACAGUUUGGCUUCAAUAUCUGUGGUGAGGGCGGUGAAUACGAAUCGUUUGUCGUUGACUGCCCUUUGUACAGAAAACGGAUUGUGAUUGACCAGUCGGAGGUCAGAAUCCACUCCAACGAUGCUUUUGCGCCCGUUGGUUACCUCAGACUAAACCAGCUGCACUUAGAGGAGAAACACAGCUGA